AUGUGCAACAAACUGUCUCAGGAAGAUCAGCUCUUUGUGUCGAAGCUGUCCAAAGGUAUCUGUUUUCAGGAUGGCCAUUAUGUUAUGCCACUUCCCUUUAAGGAAACUGAUCCAGUUCUUCCGAAUAACAAGUCUGUGGCUUUGAAAAGGGUGAAAUCUCUGCGACAAAGACUGAAAAGAGACUCAACAUUCUGUCAACACUACUCCCAAUUUAUGAAGGAGCUGAUUAGUAAUGGCCAUGCCGAAAUGGUCCCCGAGUCAGAUCUUAAUUCGAAUAAGACCUCUUGCUUUAUUCCACAUCAUGGAGUGUAUCACCCUCAGAAACGUGAUAAAAUUCGGGUGGUUUUUGAUUGUAGCGCAACGUUUGAAAGUGAAAGCUUGAAUGCACAUCUACUCCAAGGCCCUGACUUGACCAAUAAACUUGUGGGAGUCCUUUGCAGGUUCAGAAAGGAGCCGGUGGCUUUGAUGUGUGACGUUGAAAAAAUGUUUCACCAAUUCAAGGUUUGUAAGGCCCAUAGAGAUUAUCUUAGGUUUCUUUGGUGGGAGGAUGACGACUUUGAAAGGUCCCCUACAGAAUUUAGAAUGACUGUUCAUUUAUUUGGAGCAAUAUUUCUCAAUGAAUUCGGUUGUGCUAACUUUGGAAUGAAGAAGAUGGCUUCCGACAAUGAAGAACAGUUUGGGUCUGACAUAGCUGACUUCAUAAGGCAUGAUUUUUAUGUUGAUGAUGGGUUGAGGUCUGUUGUGAUACAGUCACUUCCUUCUGAAUUUCGAGCUAAAGAUCUUAAAAAUGUUGACUUGAUUGGUGAUAACUUACUUGUUCAGAGAACCUUGGGAGUCCUUUGGUGCUUAGACUCUGAUACAUUUCAGUAUGAGAUGGUCUCAAACAAUCGCCCCCUCACAAGAAGGGGUAUCGUAUCUACAGUCAGUUCGAUAUACGAUCCUCUUGGUUUUAUAUCUCCAGUGGCUUUAUCCGGAAAGCAAAUUCUGCAGCAGAUGUGUGCAGACCAGGUGGUGGGUUGGGAUGACCCCUUACCAGAAAGUCUAAAUGGCAAGUGGGUGAAGUGGUGCGCUGGCCUGAAGAAUCUUCCUCUUUUGAAGUUUCCAAGAUGUGUUAAGCCUGAAGGUUUUGGCAAAAUUAGAAUUACUGAGAUGCAUCAUUUUUCCGAUGCAAGUAGCUAUGGGUAUGGGCAGUGCUCCUAUAUUCGUUUGGUGAAUGACGUUGGGCAGGUGCAUUGUGCGUUGUUAAUGGGCAAAUCUCGUGUUGUACCUUUAAGACCCAUCACAAUACCACGUCUCGAAUUGACAGCAGCUGUGUUGUCAGUUAAAAUUUCCUCGCUUUUGGAUCAAGAACUUGAGUACCCAAACCUUAAACACUUUUUCUGGACCGAUAGUAAGGUUGUACUGGGAUAUAUUUGCAACGAAGCAAGGAGAUUUCAUAUAUUCGUCGCUAACAGAGUUCAGCAAAUCGAAGAGCGUACAAACCCUAACCAAUGGAAUUAUGUUGCCUCUGGUGAAAAUCCUGCGGAUUUGGCUUCUCGAGGUGCAUCUGUAGCAGAGCCAGCUAAGACCCCUAUGUGGCUCAAUGGUCCCGAAUUUCUCUGGAAGCAGGGUGCAAUUUCAGCAAAUAUCGGUGCACAGUUUUCAUACUUCUCUGAUUGGCACAGGUGUAAACGAGAGGUAGCAUUGGUGCUUAGGUAUAAGGGAAAAUUGUUGCAAAAAUCAGGGAAGUUGCAAACUGCUGGUGUGGAGAAACGUUCAUUACAUUACAGUUCCGUUACAGUAAAUGAACUACUGAAGGCCGAGACUGAAAUCUUUAAGGGUGUCAAGUUGUAUGAUUUCAAGGGUGAGAUUGAUACACUUAAGACUCAUAAUAUAGUUAGCGUUUCUAAUGACAGGGCAGAACAGUCAUUAAGAACCAAGUCCCUAAAGGGAAGAUCAAACCUGUGUUCCUUAGGUCCGUUUCUUGACAAAAAUGGCUUAACUCGUGUAGGUGGUCGUGUUCAACAUGCCGAAAUGUCAGAUCUGGUGAAGUUUCCAGUUGUACUUCAUAGAUAG